UUCGCGAGGCUGCUGGGCCGGGUUCUGCUCUCGCCUUCUGCGCCUGCGCCCGCGCCUGCGCGUGGAGGGCCUGCUCAGUCCGCGGACAUGGAGGCGCCCGCUGCCCGCUUGCUGCUGCUGCUGCUGUGGGCCGUGGGGACGGCCCACGGUGCGGCCGCCGCCGCCUCGGAGACGCAGCUGGUGAAUGAGGACGUGAAGCGCACGGUGGACCUGAGCAGCCACCUGGCCAAGGUGACGGCCGAUGUGCUGCUGGCGCACCCGGGCGGCUCGGCCGCGCCCGUCUCCUCCUUCCUGCUGGCGCUGGAGCCCGUGCUCGAGGCUCGUCUGGCCCACCUCGGCGUGCAGUUAAAGGGAGAAGAAGAGGAAGAAAAUCAUUUGGAAGUACGAGAAGUAAAACUUAAAGGCAAAAGUGGGAAAGUAUUCACAGUGAAGCUUCCCUAUUCCCUAAGUGGAGGUGCCAAGAUCCGAGUGGUCAUUGAGACAGUCUUCACUCACGCUCUGCAGCCAUAUCCAACCCAGAUCACCCAGUCAGAAAAACAGUUUGUGGUUUUUGAAGGAAGCCAUUAUUUCUAUUCACCCUAUCCAACCAAGACACAGACCAUGCGGGUCAAGUUGGCCUCCCGAAAUGUUGAGAGCUAUACCAAGCUCGGCAAUCCUACCCGAUCUGAAGAUGUGCUGGAUUACGGUCCUUUCAAAGACAUUCCUCCCUUCAGUCAGGAUCCUUUUAAAGUGCAUUAUGAGAACAACAGUCCUUUCUUGACCAUCACUAGCAUGACUCGAGUCAUUGAAGUCUCUCACUGGGGCAAUAUUGCUGUAGAGGAAACAGUAGACUUAAAGCACACCGGUGCUGUGCUCAAAGGGCCCUUUUCCCGAUACGACUAUCAGAGACAGGCAGACAGCGGGAUUUCCUCCAUCAGGUCUUUCAAGACUAUACUCCCUGCUGCUGCUCAAGAUGUUUAUUAUAGGGAUGAGAUUGGAAAUGUCUCUACCAGCCACCUUCUCAUCCUGGAUGACUCUGUGGAGAUGGAAAUCCGCCCCCGCUUUCCACUCUUUGGUGGAUGGAAGACCCAUUACAUUAUUGGCUACAACCUUCCAAGUUACGAGUACCUUUAUAAUCUAGGUGACCAGUACGCUUUGAAGAUGAGGUUUGUGGACCAUGUGUUCGAUGAGCAAGUAACAGAUUCUCUGACUGUGAAGAUAAUACUUCCAGAAGGGGCUAAGAACAUCCAGGUGGACAGUCCUUAUGAGAUCAGCCGAGCCCCAGACGAGUUGCACUACACCUACCUGGACACGUUUGGCCGCACAGUGAUUGUUGCUCACAAGAACAACUUGGUGGAGCAGCACAUCCAAGACAUUGUGGUACAUUACACAUUCAACAAAAUCCUCAUGUUGCAGGAGCCCCUGUUGGUGGUUGCAGCCUUUUAUAUCUUGUUCUUCACAGUGAUCAUCUAUGUAAGGCUGGACUUUUCCAUCACAAAGGAUCCAGCUGCUGAAGCCAGGAUGAAGGUGGCUUGCAUCACCGAACAGGUUUUAACGUUGGUCAACAAGAGAUUAGGCCUGUACCGUCACUUUGAUGAAGCCGUCAACAAGUACAAGCAGUCACGAGAUGUGUCCACCCUCAACAGUGGCAAGAAGACUUUGGAAAUGGAGCAUAAAUCCUUGACUAAUGAGAUUGCAUCUUUGCAAUCCAGAUUGAAGACCGAGGGUUCUGAUCUUUGUGACAAAGUCAGUGAUGUCCAGAAACUAGAUGGUCAGGUGAAAGAUCUUGUGCUGAAAUCAUCAUUGGAGGCAGAGCGACUGGUGGCCGGCAAGCUCAAGAAAGAUGCCUACAUUGAGAAUGAGAAGGCCCUUUCUAGCCGACGACAGGAGCUGAUCACCAAAAUUGACAACAUCCUCGAUGCUCUGUAACCUGCAGCACUGCCUUAGCUACCUAGGAGCUACCCGAGCAAAGUGCUGGGGUGGACCCUCCGAGCUCAGAGCAGCUAUGCCUUUGGGGCAGUGGGGAGGAAUUAGGAAUGUUGGGAAGGAUGUUGGCUGCCAAAUUUUGCAAGUAUUGUAUGGGUUUUUAAACCUUGGUUCCUGACCCCUUAUUAUUGUCCCUAGGAGUGGUCAAGUCAAGCUGAGGGCACUAGGAGUCUUGCUUCUCCACAAACCUUUCCUGUGUUUGUUUAAAUAAACACACACAUACACACACACAAACUUUGUAUUUUGAGGAAAGGAAUCUGAGUUUGUACUUUUUUACUCCUCACAUUCAGCAAAUGCUUAUUAAAUGCCUGUCAUGUGCAAAACACUCUGCUGAGUGUUGGAGAACAUGUAAAGUUAUAAGGCCUAGGAUUAUACUUGGAGUUUUUAAAUACUUUGAACUGUGCCCUCCUAGCUUUAGAUGUUUGGGGUUUUUUGUUUUGUUUGUUUUGUUUUGUUUUUUAAUUUGUGUGAGACCAAACUGAAAUAAACCAGGGACUGUGAAUGUUUGUUAAA